CUUCACUAUUUCGUCGAUUCCGCAAAUUUUAGCGGUCGUAGAAGGCAGAAAAUGGAAAAAUUCAAGAUGCAAGAGAUCCAUCACCGAUACGAUACAACACACGUGUGUAUUUAAGAUCCGGAACUACGCGACACUCUGGCCGCUUGGUGCUCUUUCAUAUGUCUAGUGUCCGUUGCAAUGUACGGAAUCUCUUCGCUCCUCGUCUCCCUUCCCUACGUCGGCCCUUGAUCGCCCCCUCGACAAGGCGUGCCGCUUCCUCAAACUCUCUUGACAAAUCGCAAUUGGAAGCGUCGGGACCGGUAGCCGAGCAGCUUUCUGCCACGGGAUUGUGGAUACCCCGGAGAGGGAGGAGGAGUGCGAAGGAACCCAAGGGCGAUAAGACGAGAGUCAACGUCGUCAGCGAAAAGUUAUGCGACGACGUCCUCUCCUAUAUCGGCCCUUCUCUGGUUCGGCAUAAAGGAUGCGAUCUCAUCGAUAUCUAUCCCGGCGCGGGGCUUUGGAGCCAGAAGCUUCACCACUUUCUAAAACCCCGGUCGCAUAUCUUGAUGGAACCGGAUGCUCAGCUAUACGAGCCUUUCCUGAAGCCUCUGCUCAGCCGCCAUAACACGACUCUCGUUCCCGCUUCCGGCCUCGUCUGGAGGGAGCUUUCCCAGAUCUUGACCCCCGACUACUUGCCUCGCCAGACGGUCGCCACCCCGCCUCGGCAAACCCACCGCAACAACAAACUGCUAGUCACCGCGAACAUCGCCUUCCACCCGAAGAAGAGAUUUCUCGGCUUCGGAUCCAUGGCCAACCUAGUCUUGUACCAGUUCAUCGACGCCAUCCGCACCAGCGAUCUGUUUCAGCGGUACGGGCUUGUUCGGAUGCUGAUAUGGACUAGGUAUGACGACAAGGCUGGUCUGCUUCCUAAGGUGCUGCAGAGGCGCAGGAAGUUGGCGGUCGAUACCGAGCUCUCCUGCGAAUGGGUGAACGAGGUGUGCGGGCGCAACGACCCCGACUUCCUCUGGUACGCUCGCGACGACGUUAUCAAUUUAAGCAGCGACCUGGCUACGCUGAGGAGGAUGCGACAAGCCAAGAUAAAGAUGCCCGAAGGGAGAGAACCCGACUCCUUGAAAGCGGCUAAGAAAGCUCCGUGGCAGAAGAACCACGAACCUGGACGUGUGAUGCCUUCCUUCAAGAGACCCUAUCAAGAAGAGCUGCGGGAGCUCGAAGCGGAGUACAAGAAGAACGGCUUCGAAAAGGGCUCGGAAAAGUUUCAGAAGAUGAAGAAGCUCCAAUGGAGGACCAACGCGAACAAGAACAGAUACGGCGAGAUGCUAACUCUGAUAGAAGAUUUAGAUAACAUUACGGCCCUUCGUAAAUCGGGAAAGGCGUCUACGGAGGAGAUUGAGAGGCUCGAGGCGGAAUGGACGGAGAACUUGCGAGCCCGCUCUCAAGGUUUCGUCGACGAGCUCAUCACCCAUAAGGAUAACCUUCAUUAUUAUCGGCAAGACCCCCCGCUGCUCAACUGGGAUCGUCGCCCGUACGAUAGCAUGGUUGUGCAGCCCGAAGAAUUCUUCCCCAACAUGGAAUGCAGCCUCCUCGACAUCCAACCGAAAGCGAUGCACCCACUCGUUCGUCAGACGGGUCCCGAUACGGAUCGUGCGGGCGAUUGCUUCCAGCUGAUACUGUCCUCGUUGAUGACCCAGAGUACUAUACCGGUGAGCCAAGCUCUGGAUUCCCUGAUGCCGGGAUCUGCGGACUACAUUAUGCCUCGUUGGAAGAGCGCCAGGGACUUGAAUCGCGGGGGUGUGCUUGCCAACUCGCCAUAUUCGGUGCUGACGCCGAGGAUGUUAAACUCGAAACAGUGGGAAGAGCUUCUCGAGCUUUGGAUGGAAUGGCCAUUCCGCCCCAAGUUUCACGAACUUGUCGCUCGUACCCAAGAUGAGGAGCUAGACGAAGAUAGUAUUCUUUCCAACGACUAAGAAUAGGAGAAGCCGAAUUGCGGCUAUACGAGCGAAAAGCAGAACAGUUAUUCCAAAAAAAAAAAUACUACUUCAUGAAACACAGUAUAAUGAACGUUCUCAUAGGUCACAUCUGGUCAUAUUAUCUAAUGUGUCAUUUGGCGAGUCGGUGUCGAACAACAGCCUACCGCUAUAUCUACCUGAGCUACCUACGCGAGAUACCUACCUACUAUCAAGGUAAGUAGGUACCAUGUAACCCUAUAAUUGGCGAGCGAUAGUUAAUAAACUAUCGGUCACUUAUGAAUUCCCAACUUUAAUAUACAUACAUGCCUAUA